GGACGGUUGCUGGUUCGUGUUUUGUCGCCGUCAUGUUAUUGCCGCAGUUGUUGUUUCACCGCGUUCACACUGAAAAACCCGCAAAACCCACAUUUUAUUUCUCCACAAAUAUCCAUAACCACCAGUGAGAGCGCGAGCUGUAGAAAGAGGAAGUGACGUCAAACUGACGCGGGCCAAUUCGCGGCUCUGAUACGAACAACAAGAGGAAGUCCCGCCUCGCACCAAGCCAGAACGUACACGAAGAAGAACUGAGUGAACGCGUCUGAGCUCCGCUGUCUCCCUCCGCAGGACCAGCAACAUGGAUACGGAGCUGUUUAUGGAGUGUGAGGAGGAGGAGCUGGAGCCAUGGCAACUGGUGGACGACUGCGUGGAGGAAGAUGAAGUGGACUUCUUCAACUACGGUAAACCAGUGGAAGAUUCCUCGUCCCCUCUUCCAGUCUCUGAGACUCCGCCCACUAGAACUCCGCUCUUUACACCUGGUCCAGCAGCGUCACCUCCUGUGUGGAGCGUCUCCUCCUCAGUGACGGCUCCUCCUCCUCCUCCUCCCAUCAUCACCACCACCUCCCUCUCCUCUGUCACACACCUCUCAGCCCCCCCAACCCCUCCUGUCUCAGCUCCACCCAUAAUGACUCAGGGACCGCCCCUCAUCCUGACACAGACAGCAGGUGGGACGUUUCUCCUCCCAGCGACGAGGACAGGAGGCAGCCAACCCAUUCUCCUGACCGCCCAGAUUCAGACUAGAGUGGAGCGUUUCAGAUUUGAGGACGACAGUGGACGGACGUUUGAGAGCAGAGGACAGAUGGUCAUUUGUGGAGGAUGUGGAGGAAAAUACUUCAGGAUCGUGUCUCACCUGAAGAAAAGCAGGAAGUGCUCGUCUCACCUGGACCUGGACACAUUUGAGAGACAGUUAAUUGUGUUCAACAGGAAGACAAAGAGGAAUUCUGUCUCCAAGGGUUUCCCGGUGAUGAACACAGGGACUCCGCUGGUCCUGAACCUGCAGCCGGGUCAGUCGGUCCAGCCACUCACGCUGAUACAGUCCUCGUCCCUGGGUCAGCUGGUACGACCAAGUGUGGGCGUGUCCCCCAUCCUCAACCAGAGCAGUACAAGCCACGCCUCCUCAAGAGGCCCCGCCCAGCCAGCGUCCACCUUCACUCCUCUGCAGCUGCCGACCACUCUGACCAUCCGCACCAGCACACCAGGACCCAUUAAUGUCCAGAUGACCCCGGUGGGUGGGGCCAACUCUGUGAAGAUGGCGUCAUCUCCUGCUCUUCAAACCAGUUCAGCUAACGGAGUCACCAAAGUGACUGUGAUCGGCAGCAGCAGCAGUGCAGACGUGUCACCCAUCAAUACAGCUCCUGUUGCCUCAGCACCUUUGUCUAAGGUGGUGAUGAGUGUGGAGGAGUUCUACUACGGCACGUUUGAGGGAGACCUGAGUCUGAGGAGACCUCUGCCCCUGGGAAUCAAGACCUCUACCUUCACCUGUCAGAUCUGCACACACCUGGCUGACAAUAACCUGAGGUUGAUGCAACACAUGCUCCAGCACUCACAGCUGAUUGGUGCUGAUGAUGAAAAGUUGUGUCGAUUUUGUUUCCGACAGUUCUCCUCUCCACUUCAGCUACAGACUCACCAGGACCUGGUGCACGGCUCCGCCCUCGCCUCCAGUUUAUGUCGUAUCUGUGAGUGGGCGUUUGAAAACGAGCCGACCUUCUUGAACCACAUGAAGUCAAACCACAAACCAGGAGAGAUGCCGUACGUCUGCCAGGUGUGUUCGUAUCGCUCCUCCUUCUAUUCGGACGUCCUGCAGCACUUCGCCAGCUUCCACAGAGACUCGCGCUUCCUGCUCUGCAUCUUCUGUCUGAAGGUGACCAGGAACCCCACCAGCUACCAGGAGCACCUGCUGAGACACCAGGUGAACCAUGCCUUUCACUGUAACAGGUGUCGUCUUCAGUUUGUCUUCCUCAAGGACAAAAUGCAGCAUAAACUUGAAAACCACCGAAGCUUCCGCCGACCUGCUCAGCUGGAAGGACUCCCGCCAGGGUCAAAGGUGACCAUCAGGACCUAUGGUAAGAUCCGCCGUCCAAUGACAUCAUCAGGUGGGCGGAUCCACUCUUCCCUUGUUCAGCCAAUCCACAUCAAGACGGAUCCACAGAAGUCUGCUGUCCUCUCCAAGUCCCCCCGCUCCUCUCUCCACAGACCAGGAGGCCGCCGCGUCCACCUGUACAGGACGUCUCCAUGUGACGAUGGCAGAGUGGUGUGUUUGGAGUGUGGGACGGACGCAUCAGAUGUCUCCGCCCACUACCCGACACAUGUCCACUGUCUCCUGUGUCCGUACAGCAGCUGCUGCUCCAGAGCCUACGCUGCUCACAUGAUUCAUCACCAUGUCCCUCACUCCGUGGACAGAGUCGUCCCUCUCCACAGACGUCCUCCUCCUUGUCUGUUCCAGCUUCUCUGCUCUGACUGUGGCUUCAGGCCUAAAACUGCUGACCACAUGGCCGAUCACUUGCUGACCAAUCCAGAUCACUACAGCGCCACCUGCAGGCUCAAGACAUACCUUGAACCUGACAUCCAGCUUUGCUGCGAUGCUGAGCAGCGCUCUUCAGAAGACCAGGAACCAGGCCAGAAGCAGGACUUGCCUGAGCCGUCCUGGAGGUCGGCAGAUAGUUGGAAAUCACCGGAGGGGAAAGUUAGCUCUGAAUUCACCAUCGCCCCGUUCACGGAGAGCAACGGACCUUGUCACUCUCUGAACAAAACCAGUGACGCCAUCGACUUCUUCAGCUUGCUGUUCCCUCAGACGCUGGUGGACCUCAUCACCAAAGAGACCAACAACCAUGCCAAGACCUGCCACUUCCUGGGCCACUCCCCCCCUGACUGGCUCCCCGUCACUACUCAUGAGAUCAAAGGUUUCAUUGGUUUGGCCAUACUGAUGGGGAUCCAGAAUCUACCUGAUCCAACGCAGUACUGGUCCUGGAAUCACUACGACAACAGCUACACCUUCUACCGUGCCAUGAGCUACAAGCGUUUCAAGCAGAUCGCUGCCAACAUCCGCAUGGGCAGCUUCACUACGGAGGAAUAUCGCAGCACCAGUAAGUCCAUCGACCCUCUGCAUAUCUUCAGGCCAAUGCUGGACAUCCUGGGUAAAGCCAUGUGGAACGCCUACCGACCAAACUGCUGCCUUACCAUUGACCGUGCUCUGCUGCCCAGUCUGGAUGAGGACAGCUGCGACACUAAAGGAAACCUGAAGACCCAGCCACAGGUGUGGCUGCUCUGCGACUCUAAGUCAGGGUACUGCCACCGUUUCUUCAUCGAGGUGGGGGUGAAACCCAACCAGGAACCAGGCUUCACUGUGGUGCCAGAGCUGGUGAAGAACCUGCAGAACAAACACCACCAGCUCUACCUUGCUAGCUCCCUCACGUCUGUCCCGCUCAUGCAGAAGCUCCUGGACCAGGGCAUCUAUACUUCCAGCUCCUUUCCUCCCCCCAACCCCAUUCUGCCCCGAGAGCUGUGGGAGGAGGGCCAGCUGGACAAACCUGGAGACUUCCUGCAGAGGCAGUUUGGCCCCCUACUGGCCACCCGCUGGAGAGACACUAAGGAGAUGGGCUGCCUGUCAACGAAUGCAGCUCCAGGUGAAGCAGAUACCGUCUGGAGGAGGUCUCAGACUAAAGUAGGAGGCCUGGACCCCAUUGACCGGCCAAUGGCCUUUCGCCUCCUACAGGAGAAUAUGCGAGGUGUGGACAUCUGUAAGCAGCUGCUGGCCUGUAACCCACUCGGAGGAAUCCCCCAGGACCGACACUGGCGCAGCCUCUUCUGGUUACUGGUCAACCUGAGCAUUGUUAACGCUUUUAUCAUCCUGCGGGAGAGUCGGAAAGAGAACCCCCCUGCCUGGGUGCAGGACGGCCUUUUCACGCAAGUCAAUUUCCGCAAGCGUUUGGGCAACCAACUGGCUAAGUGUGCCCAGAAGUACUUUGAGACGAUGGAGGUGGCCAGUUCCUGCGGGACAGGAGGGGAGGUGCCAGACAAAGUCCUUAAAGAAAGGCACAGGAUGGGUCGGAUCACCUCUAUCUCCAAGAGGUGCAAGAACUGCAAUUCAAACAAUGUUCGCCAUGAAAGUGUGUACGGCUGUGUCAUCUGUAAAGUGAACCUGUGCAAAGAGCCUAGCUGCUUCUGGGAGUUUCACGAACUGUCGCCUCUGAAACGAGGGUCGACUAAAGUAGGAUUCCUGAAGGACGCAGUCAGUGGAGCAGUCGAGGUGGAUGAAGUCCAGGACAAUAUGGACGGGGCCAUGGCCCCCAUAGAGGACUUAGACUUCUCUGAAGAUGACCUUGUGGAUGAUCUGGAUGACAUGGACGAAGAAUCUGAAGAUAUUAAAGAUGAACAACAUACAACAUCUGAUCUGCUGCCAUUGACAGACAGCCACAGUCAGCCAUCGACUGUCCUGGCUAAAGAGCGCGAUGAUAUCCUCACUGCCCGGCAACUGAGAGUUGCCCUGUUCGCCCUGUGUGACGGGUUCAACCAGGCCUCCAGGGUCUUUUCUACUGAGACCCAACUUAUCCAAUUGUGGCUGAAGGAGGCCAAGAAGCACCUGAAACAUCGUGAGCAGGACCAGAACAUGGAUGUGGACGGUGACUGUCGCAUGGUGGCUUGGGUGCUGUCCAUGCGCGAGCAGCAGCUGCCCAUCACAGAAAGCAGCCUGUUCCACAAAGCAUCCACACUGAAGAAGAAGGGCAGCUUCAGUGACUCCUUCCGCAUCUCGUACGACUGGGCGGUCGGCUUCAUGCUGCGGCACCAGCUUGGAGUCCACAGCAUCGGCACAGCAGCCACACUGACACGCACGCUGCCGGCUUCCCUGGAGGACAAGGUCAAAUCUUUUCAGAAAUUCACCCAGAACAUAAUUUGUGUUCACAAGCUGCCAGAAAACGCCAUAGCUGCAAUGGACAAGUUUUGUCUCUUUGUGGAUUUGAGACUAGUUCAGGACAAGUGUCACCGUGCAGAAGCCCUGGAACUCAACGGUUCAGUACCUCUCAUCACAGUUUACCUGACAGCACUGGCAGAUGGCACUAUGCUGCCGUCUUUGGUGCUGGUGAACCAGCAGUUUGUCAAAAAAGAUCCGUCUGAGACCAUCCUCCAGGAGGACCACCUGAAGAGCCUUUCGGCAGAAGAACUCCUGGAUCGCUGGACAAACAAGAUCUGGCUACAGCACAUGUCUGGUCAAACACAGCGGAGCAAGUCAUUGCUGGUGUUAGGCCGUCACCGGGAGCACACGGGUGAUUCAUUUCUUGCGUCCCUCAGUGGGUCAGGAACCCUCCCAGCAAUAAUUCCUGGAGGUUGUUCCAUCAGACUUCAGCCUCUGGAGGUUUGUGUGAAGCCAGUGCUGCAGCGCUUCAUCCUGUCUUCCUGGGCAAAGUUCUGCUCAGGAAACCCAAAGGAGCUGGAGGAGGCAUCACCGCGUCUCGAAGCCACUGUGGCCCAGCUGCUGGUGGACUGGACGGUCGAGGCCCUGACGCUUUUAAACAAACUCCACCAACUUUGGAGGAAUUCAUUCAUGCUGACGGGUCUUCUUCAGAAAGAAGAGGAAGAGAUGAGUCAGACACCAGAGGAGGCUCAGCUGGACCUUCUCAAGAUCCUCACCAAAACUUUGCUGGGAAAUGAAGCUCUUGGUGAUGAUUCUCCUGAUUGGCUUGGGGAGGACGAAGAGGACGCAGACAAGGAACCAGAAGAACAUCCAGGAUUAGAGACCCCAGGGGAAAAACAAGAGGAACCAAAAAAAGGGCAAGGACUGGAGACAUCAGAGCUGGAACAAAAGGAAGAUGGACAAGGACAGAUAACACCAAAUGAGAAACAUGAGGAACAACAAGAUGUAAAGGAGGACAGAAAAGAGACAGAAGAUAAAGAAAUAAUGCAGGGUGAAAGCAGAUAUGAGGACGUGGUGAACAAAAAAGACGAGCCGGAGGACAGCGAGGAGGAAGGAAAGGAGACUGAGGAGGAAAGAAAGGAGGUGAACAAGGAGAGACGAGAGACCAGGAUUGUGAUCGGAGAGGAAGUCGGGGAUGAGUGGAAGAUAAAGAGCAGGACAGAAGGUGUGGAGGAAGAUGGAGACGAGGACGGACCGAUGGACAUGAGCUGAACUGAUGAAGAUAACAAAGAUUUGAUGUCACCGGAUAUUUUUAGUGGUGGUUGAGGAAUGGACGUGGUGGUGUGAAGGUUGAACAACAAGUAACCAACCACAGCUGUUGGGUUAACGCUAACCUGUCAAUCACAGACACUCCGCCCUUAAAAUCAGCUGUCCUCCUGUUUGGACCUGAUGUCCUUGUCCUCUGCAGGUGAGAUGAGGACUUUUUGAGUAUGAACUCAGACCCAGGUGGACCUGGUCCAGAUAGAUCUGGUCCAGGUGGAUCUGGUCCAUGUGGACCUAGUCCAGGGGGACCUGGUCCAGGUGAAAGUACCUGCAGCCUUAAGCAGCUCACAUUAAUCAUGUGACUCGUGAUGUGUUUGUACAAUAAAAAUGUCGGCCAUGAUGAAAAGA